AUGGAAGAGCUGAAGAUGUCUGGAUCCAUUGCGUCCUACGAUCAAUUGGUGAAGCAGGUGGAGGCGCUGAAGAAAGAGAACACACACCUCCGUCAGGAGUUGGAAGACAACUCCAACCAUCUCUCCAAGCUAGAAAAUGAGACUUCCGAUAUGAAGAUGGACAUCUCCAGUUUGUACAACCUGAAAUUCCACCCUCCGGCCCUGCUUCCCGAGCCAGUCUGCCAGGAUCACAGUCCGGAGCAGAGCCUGUCCCAUCCAGCCCCUCUCCAAAGGAAGGACAGCAUGGGGGAUCUGGGUCGGGCCACCAUCCGUCUCUUGGAGGAGCUGGACAGGGAGAGAUGUUUUCUGUUGAGUGAGAUUGAGAAGGAGGAAAAGGAGAAACUCUGGUAUUACACUCAACUGCAAAGUCUCUCUAAGCGGCUGGAUGACCUGCCCCACGUGGAGACGUUCUCGAUGCAGAUGGACCUGAUCCGUCAGCAGCUAGAAUUUGAAGCCCAGCACAUCCGGACACUCAUGGAGGAGCGCUUCGGAACGACCGAUGAAAUGGUACAAAGAGCUCAGGUAAGCAGGAGGAGCAGGAGUGCCAUAGUCUCUGAAAAUCAUGCAAGAACAGGACAUGCUUUUGAAAAUAGUUCUUCUUGGGUGUUGCCCUCUGGAAAACUGCCAUGCACAGAAGGGGAUGGAAGGCUCGACAUCACAACACACUCAGAGGAAGGGAAGGGUCAGCUGGGCAGCAGUAAGGUGGAAGUGGUCUUCUGGCUGCUUUCCAUGUUGGCCACCCGGGACAAGGAAGACAUGUCGCGCACACUGCUGGCCAUGUCCAGUUCCCAGGAAAGCUGCCUGGCCAUGCGCAAGUCGGGAUGCCUCCCUCUCCUCAUCCAGAUUCUCCACGACUCAGAUCGCGAACCCAGCGCGCCUGACAGCCCUGGAGUCGCAGGGAAGGAUUGUCGCAUGCGGGCCAACGCUGCCCUCCACAACAUCAUCUUCUCUCAGCCCGAUGAAGGACAGGCCAAGAAGGAGAUGCGGGUGCUACACGUGCUGGAACAGAUCCGCUCCUACUCGGAGACCUGCUGGGAUUGGCUAAGGAUACACAAGGAAGGGGCCAAGAUCCCCGAGGGGGGAGCAGCUCCUGUUCCGAUUGAGCCCCAGAUCUGUCAAGCUACCUGCGCCAUCAUGAAGCUCUCGUUUGAUGAAGAAUAUCGCCGUGCCAUGAAUGAGCUGGGUGGACUCCAGGCCAUCGCUGAGCUGCUGCAAGUGGACUACGAGAUGCACAACAUGACCAAUGACCCCCUCAAUCUGGCACUCAGGCGCUACACAGGCAUGGCCUUGACCAACCUCACCUUCGGGGAUGUGGUCAACAAGGCAACGCUAUGUUCACGGCAAAGGUGUAUGCAAGCUAUCGUGGACCAAUUAGCAUCUGACAGUGAGGAACUGCACCAGGUGGUAUCCAGCAUCCUGCGCAACCUCUCGUGGCGAGCCGAUAUGAACAGCAAGAAAGUCUUACGAGAAGUGGGCAGCGUCUCAGCACUGAUGCAGUGCGCCUUACGGGCCAUCAAGGAAUCCACCCUGAAGAGCGUCCUGAGUGCCUUGUGGAACCUCUCAGCUCACAGCACUGAGAAUAAAACCGCCAUCUGCAUGGUGGACGGAGCACUUGGCUUCCUAGUGAGCACACUCACCUACAAGUGCCAGAGUAACUCGCUUGCCAUCAUUGAAAGUGGAGGUGGGAUCCUAAGGAAUGUCUCCAGCCUGAUUGCCACCAGAGAAGAUUACCGGCAAAUUCUGAGGGAUCACAACUGCCUUCAAACUCUCCUCCAGCACCUCAAAUCACACAGUCUGACCAUCGUCAGCAAUGCAUGUGGCACUCUGUGGAACCUCUCUGCCCGUAGCCCCAAAGACCAAGAGCUACUAUGGGACCUGGGGGCGGUCAGCAUGCUCCGAAAUCUCGUCCACUCUAAGCACAAGAUGAUCGCCAUGGGCAGCACCGCAGCCCUCCGGAACCUCCUUGCCAAUCGGCCACUCAAGUAUAAAGAUGCCAUGGUCAUCUCACCAGGUUCCUGUAUGCCCUCCCUGUAUAUGCGGAAACAGAAGGCCCUGGAGGCUGAACUGGAUGCCCAGCACUUGGCUGAAACUUUUGACACCAUGGAGAAGCAGACAAUGAAGAAGCAGAGCGUCACCAAGAAACCAAUGCGUCACAUGGAUAGCUUGGCCAAAGACUACGCUUCUGAUUCAGGUUGUUUUGAUGACGAUGAAGUGCCCAACGUCUCCAGCAGUACGGAGACAGGAAAUGCGUCAGUUCUCUCCAUGUUCCUAAAUUCAUCCUUCCUCCAAAGUCAAACUUUGCCAAGAACGAUUUCCCAAAGAAGAGGCCCAGAACCGGAGAAAGAUGAAAGUGGGAAGUCCACAGAGGCCAAGAAGGUCUCCCCGCUGCUCAUACCCCAGAACAAUAACGCCUCUGUAGUGGCUGAGAAAUUGGCCAAGAUCACUACGACUGUGGCCAAGAUAGAUAAGUUGGUGGAAGAUAUAACCACUCUCCAUACCUCCUCUGAUGACAGCUUCAGCCUCAGCUCUGAAGACCACUGCCUUGACUGGCAUUAUGGUCUGGAUGAAGUCCAUGAGGCCCGUGCCCAGUCUUGCUCUCCAUGCCGCCUCUCGGACACCAGUGGGAUUAUCAAGCGUGAAGGUCUGAACCGGGCUCACACCCUCUUGAGACUGAAAAAUGCGUAUACGAGCUUGUCCAAUGACAGCCUCAACAGCGGAAGUACCAGUGAUGGCUACUGCCCUAAGGAACACAUGAGACCAUGUACUAGAACAACCUUCUUGGACUUUAAAGAUGAGCUACACCGGUAUCAGAAACGGCCCAGCCGUCUUGAUUUGAAGAACAUCUUGAUGAAUAGGCCAGAAAAGAUGGAACUGCCUGAGAAGAAACAGCAAGAAUCCAGCGUGGUAAUUGAGAAACCAGAACUUCUUGAGAAAGCAAAAGUAACAAGGCUUCCACCCAAUCCUGAUGUUGCUGAGAAAGAAUCUGAAUGUAAGAAGAAAGAGGGAGGGAGAGAGCUAAAUCCUGAUCCCCAAGUCCAUACAAUCAAACUCUCCCCAUCCUAUCAACAUGUGCCCCUCAUAGACAACAAUGCCAUAGCAUCUGGGACUAUGGGAGUCUUGGGAACCAGUUCUUUCUAUCCCAGCUUAUCCAUGAAAACCACAGAUAAUCUUAACAAGGUUCCAGAGAAACUGACUGCAGCAAAACCAGUGAAACAAGAACAGCUGCAGAAAUACUCGGUGGAAGACACGCCAAUCUCCUUCUCCCGAUGCGGUUCCCUGUCUUCUAUUUCCUCUGCUGACAAUGUCCUAGAUGGACAGAGCCAUAGUGAGAACGAGAUGGACACGGACUCCUCUCUAGAGAUCAUUGAGGUAGAAGAAGUGGAAGAAGCUCAAAAGGACAAUCGAGAAGAGAAGGCAAAGCAAGGUGUGGAAACCCUUACCUCAUCUUCACAACCCAUUGCUAUCCCCUUCCCUAAGAAAGAGAAAAUGUUCCUAAGAGGAGUGUCACCUUCUCGCCAUGAGGACUUGACCCCUUCCAGCUCAUCUGAAAAUUACAUCCAGGAGACCCCUUUGGUGAUGAGUCGCUGCAGUUCAGUCAGUUCGCUGGGCAGUUUUGAGAGCCCGUCCAUUGCGAGCUCUAUCCAAAGUGAACCCUGCAGCGAGAUGAUUAGUGGUACAGUCAGUCCUAGUGAGCUACCGGAUAGUCCUGGGCAAACCAUGCCUCCAAGCCGCAGCAAAACACCUCUGUUUGAACUAAGCCAGCCAGAGAAGGAGGCCAGCCAGUUCAACAUCCAGUGGGAGAACAAUGUCAAGAAAUUUAUGGACAUCACGGAUUUUAAGGAGCGUUUCCAGAUGCCCCAAGACCUUGACUCCAUGGUCUACUUCACAGUGGAGAAACCCAAUGAGAACUUUUCAUGUGCCUCCAGCUUGAGCGCAUUGCCCCUCCACGAGCAUUAUGUCCAGAAGGAUGUUGAGUUGAAACUUAUCCCGCCAUUCCCGGAAAGGAGUGGGUUGAACUUCAUGACGCAUGAGAAGAGAGAUGAUGAAAGGGUCAUUGAGGGCCAAAGGAAACUGGAGCGCCUUGAGUUGACUUCCGAUGAGGAUAUUGAAAUUCUGAGGGAGUGCAUCAAUUCGGCUAUGCCAUCCCGUUUCCGGAAGAUCAGGACAUCUCUUGUCUCGGGCCUUCCAGGCCAAGUCCUAAACCCUCAGUCAAAGAAGUCAAUGCAGGUUCCACUCUAUAUGUUGGUUCCUGCCAAUUCCCACUUGGGUAUCCCCAAGCACAGAUGGGCCACAGUCACCAGACCCAACAAGGACUACCUGGGCAAUGAGGAUUCCUUCACUGACUCAGCAGAAGGAACCCCCGUCAACUUCUCCAGUGCUGCUUCUUUGAGUGAUGAGACCCUUCAAUACCCUAUGAAAGAUGAGGGAGAUUCCCGGCAUUGCUCUGGGAAAAAAAAGGAACUUGAACAAAGCAGCUGCCGGAUUGGAAGAAUCACCUCCAGCCAUUCAACACCAACCAAAAUGGCCUCCUCCUCUAAGCACAAAACUGGAUCAAAUCACACCAGCCCGCUCCGUGCAACCCGGGCCCAAUCAGCUGAGUCCAGGAGAGGAAACAUUCCCCUCAGAAACCUAGAAUUGACUGCCUUGAGGCAAGGUAGCUCAAGGGCAAGUUCUGAGGGCAACCGUUCCAAGAAGAAGGAGGAAUCUCGGGAGAACAGCAGCCAUGACAGUGAUGGAGCCUUCCCAUCCUUCUGCCACACCACGCCAACCGAAGAGGCUGUCUACUGCUUCUAUGAGAAUGACUCUGAUGACUUAGUGGAGUUAGACAUGAAGAAUUCACCCAAGAGAAAGCCCAACCUGGCCAGCAAAGGUCAAAAGAAAGAAUGCUGGGCUAAGAAAGAACUUGAGAUAAGUUCCAGUCAGCAGCUUCAUGCUAAAAACAAAAUGGUGUCCCAUCUCCGGAGCAACCUAAUUGCAGAUGAGACUCCACCGUGUUACUCUCUCAGUUCCUCCCUAAGUUCCCUGAGCGAUCUCGAACUCUAUGGGACUGGAGAAAAGAUGCAGAUGUCCAAGAUCAGAGCUAACCGCCAACUGACCUUGAACCGUCGGCAUGGGAUGAAAGCAGCCGUGUCCAAAGGGAGGGACAGCUCUGCCAGUUCCCUCAGUUACAAUUCAGACAAUGAUCUCCUGCAGAAGGGCAUCGGUUUGAGCGGGCCCAAGAGGAGGCGCCAUUCAGCCAAAAGGAGGAAUGCUGAGAAGGAGCAGAAGGGUCUCAAGGCCAAGGAAUGGAGGCCCGAGGGGUUUCCUGAUGAAAUAGCUUCUGAAAGAGGCUCAGAUCUGGACAGCAUUGAGUGGAAAGCCAUCCAGGAAGGGGCAAACUCCAUUGUUACUUGGCUGCACCAAGCUGCUUCUUCCUUUGGCAAGGAGACGUCCUCAGAAUCUGACUCCAUUUUGUCUUUUAUGUCUGGCCUUUCGGCAACCUCUGCUUUACAGCUGAGUUUGGACAGAAGAGAAAAGACCUGGGGCAGGAAAGGUCCCACCGGUGGUGCGGAGAAGAAAAACCUCCCCAAAUCUUUCCAAGAUGGCAAGAAUCUGAAUGAAACAAGAGGUGCUGGCGGCAGGAAUAAAAUGGAGAAAAACGUAGGACAGCAGAAACCAUUGAGCAACCCACCCCUAGUUUUCCGAGGCAGGACGGUGAUCUACAUGCCUGAGGCGGCCAAGGAAUCCCCAGUGCAGAGCUCCAGAUCCACCCCAAGGAAAACAGUAGGGGCCACUAAGCAGGAAAUUCCUGAGAAAACUCUGAAUCUCAACCAACCGAGAUCAAGGAGUCUCCACCGGCCUGGGAAGAUCUCAGAAAUGAUGGAAUUGAUGUUGCCCAAAAGAAGCGCAACCCCACCUGCCAGGAUGAACAGAGCACCGUCAUCCGGAUCCUCCAGGACAUCCACGCCAUCCCAACCCAACCAGAAGAAGCUCACAUCACCAUCGCAGCAACCCAACAGACAGACACCAUCUGCAAAGACCAGUGGAAGCACCACACCUGUUGGUCCAGCCCCCAAACCAGUCCAGAAAUCCCCUGUGUCUAAGCAACACAAGACCCAGAAAUCACCUGUCCGCAUCCCUUUUAUGCAGAAGCCCGUUAAGAAGACUCUUCCGGUGAGGAACACCAUGCCUACAUUGGAGGAACGAGGAGGAAACAGCAGCAGUGAACUAAGGCCUAAGGUCAACGGGAAAGGCAUUCUCCAGGCCAACCGCCUUAAUUUGAUGCGCAUGUCCUCAGCGAGAUCCAUCAGCAGCGAAUCCCACCAGUCGGGCUUCCUACGGCAGCUGACAUUCAUCAAGGAGUCGCCCAGUCUUCGCAUGAGGCAACGUUCUGAGGUCUCCUCUUCCCAGCCUUUGUCCUCACUCUCUCAGGGUGCCUCACCACGAAGAGGCCGGCUUGGCCUGCCUACCGUUUUCCUCUGCUCGUCCAGAUGUGAUGAUCUCAAAGUGGACAAGCCCGCUGGGUCAAGCCAACGUCCUGUCAUCUCCAGGGUGCCUCUUCCCAGCCAGAGUCCCCCUGCAGGGGGCCCGCCAAGGCCGCCACGCAGGACAAACUCAGAAAGCCCUUCCCGGUUUCCCAUCAAAAACAACAACGUUCCUCCAGAGCCUUUCAAGCGUUACUCCUCGUCUCCUCAAAUCAACAUCGUCAAGAGGACCGCCAGCCCCACUUCUACCCCAUCGGACGGCCCUGAGCCAUUAAGUGGGAGAAAGAAGAAUGAGGAGCCGCCGCAGCCGCAGCCACCGCAGGAGCAGGCGAUGGUGAAAGGGACCUGGAAGAGGAUCCGUGAUGAGGAUAUACCCCAUAUUCUGAAAAGCACCCUACCGUCUACAGCGUUGCCCCUGGUUAGCGCUUGGAAGGAAGAAGAGAGCGAUCAGACGCCUGGAGUUCUCCACCCGAAGACGAGUGACGCGGUUGUGCAGACAGAAGAGUUCCCCACCACCAAGACUAAUUCCAGCACUUCCCCUACUCUGGAGGUGCAGAAAGUCAUCCAGAUCCCACCUGAUGGAGAUGGCUUCGCUCUAGCGAAGGCCACCACCCCCGCGUCCAUCUCCUUUACUCACGAAGGGUCAGUCAGCUCUCUUGGGAGUUUCCCUUCCAGCAGGCACAGCUCCCCAAGCCGGGCUGCUCGGGUGACCCCGUUUAAUUACACCCCCAGCCCAAUGGUGGAGCCCACAGUCAACGAGAAGCAGGUGGAGAAAACGCAAGUUUGA